UUGUGCGUUGAACCCAAAGCGAGGGGGAAAAGAGACACAAAGAUGGAAGUAUUUCAAGCAUCCCGCAUGAAAGGAGGAGUAGGGGAAACCAGUUAUGCUGAAAACUCAUUUAUUCAGCUGAACCUAAUCCGCAUGACAAAACCAAUCUGGGUGGAAGCCAUAACCAAACUGAUCAACUACUACAGCACAUUCCCGACAACCUUGGCAAUGGCAGACUUAGAUUAUCAAGUCCUCUUGAAUGACCUUCCAGCAGGGAAUGACUUCAAUCCAGUUUUUAGGUCCCUUGCUGGUUUCCAGGAGAAACUCAAGAAAGAGCUAGGGAGUGGUAGUGGACCAUGCUUUUUCUCAGGGGUCCCUGGUUCUUUCUAUCACAGGCUUUUCCCCAGCAAGAGCCUCCAUUUUGUGCACUCUUCCACUAGCCUCCAUUGGCUAUCUCAGGUAUAUUAUUAUUACCUCAGUAAUAUUUGCUAGA